AUGGCCUUGUCUCAAAGAUUCGAUGGCUAUUUUCAGCCUUUUACUAACUUAGUCCUCCUUCCAGUCGCUGUCUUGUUAUCAGCAUUGGUCAUCACCAACUUUGCAAAACAAUGGAUGCGCAGUCGUAAACAACGCUCUCAGCCGAUCAAGGUUGAAGCAGCAGUUCCAGAAAAGACACCGAUUAUUGAGCCUUUGCAUGACUUUGACUGGAAGACCGCGCCUAGACGUCAAUUGCGACCAUUCAAACCGACAUAUCACAUCACCAUGGCUAUCCAGUCAAACACGCCUUCGGAGUUGAUCACUAUCGAUGAAGACUAUCUUGAUCGUAUCAACCAGCGACGUAGCAUCAUCGCUACCCAUGGCUCAACCGUACAUGGCUGCAUCCCCGAAGGUGACGCAGCAGUACGCGAACUAUACACUUACCUCUUAUCUGAACAACUCCCCAAACGUUUCCCAACUAUCUUCCAGCUAUCUCAAGACAACUCGACAUGCAAGAACCUCGCAACAGGAAUGUCCUUUCCAACGCUCCCUCAAGGCAGUCCGGAUGCGGCGCUGCGUGUUCUUGGUGAAACGAUUGAAGAAGACUUCUUUCUACUGCGACAGACGCCCGAGGGUCAUCAGUCCAUCGCAUUCAUGUGUUGUUUUCCUUCUGGUUUCGAUCCAUCGACAAAAUUGGGCAAAACACUUGUCGAGAUCCAUGGUCCUGUGCCGUCAUAUGAAAAGAUUGGCUCUAGUAUGGAAAAGUUCUUUGCAAAGCUGGAGGUUGGGAAGAGUGUAAAGAGAACAAAUUGGUCCAUUCAAACACAUACAGAGUUGUUCAACUGUCAAGGUAACCACAUUACUGGCGACGAAACGUAUGAGCAUGAUGAAGAUGUGGACAUCGAAAAGACAUUCCUCCGAAUUGAGCUCCAAACGCUUACCCGUCUACCAAAGACCGGCGCUAUUCUUUUCUCUUUCAAAACAUAUCUCUACCCAGUCCGUCAGAUCAAGGAAGAGGGUCUCGGAUCUGCUUUUGCCGAUGCCAUCGAAGGUCUUUCAAAGGGCAAUGCGCCAGGGAUGUGGACAUAUAAAAGUGCAGUGCGGUGGGGAAGUAGUGUGAUGGACUAUCUUAGAUCGUGA